AGUCACUUUUCUCUUAUCUCGCUUAGAGAAACUUCAGGGUUAGAAGGAGGACACUGUUUUGGUUACGAAGAAAAAGUCUAUUGAGCCUCCGAAGAAUAAGGAACUCGUCAUUAACCCUUCUAGAGAUAAAUAUGAAUCUGGUCACGGUGAAGGAUGGGAUAAUUCGUAACAUGAACUUUGCCUCCAACUUGAAGUUGCGAGACUCGAGAUUUGCAGGCUUGAUCAUCCUAACACUGACGUCCAAAAGACUUUGAGUUCUGUUAUUUUUCAGAAGGAAGAGUCUUAGCAAAGUCUUAAGAACCAGAUCCUCCAUCUAUCUCGACAAAAAGAUGAGCUUUCCAAGGAAGUUCUCAAUCUCAAGGAGGAGAUUAAGUAUCUGAACGAAGACUUUGCUACUAUGGAGAAAGAUGCUGCUAAGGUCGCGAAGCUUACUCGCAAGAAUGCUCAAGAUGCCAAGGUCCAGCUUUUCAACGAUUUUUGUGAUUCUCGGGGCAUUCCUCGCGUGCCUUUGGAUCUCGAGAUUUUCUCUGAUGAUGAACCUGUUGAUGAGGUCAGUGAUGACGAGGGUACCGAGACUGAUGGGGAUUUUGAGAUUAGGUACCCUAAGGGUAAAGCUCCUUUGAUUACUGAGGUUUCUGAUAUUCCUUCUUCUUCGUCGAAUCCUCUGAACCAACCUCGUGGUACUGGCAAUAUAGAAGCCGAAUCUGUUGAUGUUAGCGGUGGCAAUCUCGAUCAGGGGUACGAUGAUGGCACUGCUGAGGCAAAAAAUGGUAGUGCCGGUAAUGGUGAUAUCGAAGGAAAGGCCAUUCUCGUGGUUCCUAUUCAUCAACUACCUCUUCAAUCUUAGUUUUACUGUCCUCAUUGGUUCUUGUUUUUUUGCCAUCUCGACUCCUUUAACAUUUUCCA